UCCUGGAAACAGUUCACAAGCAAGUGGAGAUUUGCCAAUUUGUAACUCAGUGUGUGAAAUGCCUCAUUGGACAAGGCAGCAACGGAAUAGUUAACAUCCCGGGGAGUUUCCUCGGCUGGGAACUUGUACUUUAUGUAUAGCACCUGUUGUGCCGUCAGUUGGCAGUCUCCAAAAACCCAACCCCAAGACGCGCAGCGAUAUUUCAUCCCACUCAGUCUCCACCAAGUUAUGACUCGAGAGCUCGCCAGACAACAGAACUCGUCUCGGGGUUGCGAAUGGUUUCAGACUGUAUCAUGUUGCUGGACUCCCUCGCUGUGUCUGCGUGUGGGGUGUUUCUGUAACGCGUAAAGAGCUGUGGGGAUUUACUCAGACGGAGGCGAGUGCGCACCGAGAACGCAUGGUUCCAGCCAAAAUGCGUCUCAGCGUUUCUAAUGCUCUCGUGUUGUAGAUGAUAUGCCUUCGUAAGGACGCUUAUGCAACUAAUCCCUGGAUUAUCAUCCCUUAAAAAGACAAACUUUGUCCAACUUUUCACAGAACCAACAGGUGCGCACUGGCAUUGCGCAGCAGCAGCAGCGUCAGGUCUGGCAGCUCUGGAAGAGGGUUAGUCUUAAUUUAAAACUUCACUUUUCUCCAGGACUGAUGGUUAAGAUUAUGUGGAUUCUACUCUGCUUUUAUCAUCUCCAAAUGUGCCCAAAGCAGCACUGGUGUCCUGUAAACGACGCGUGCGUGUGGUGAUAUAAACCAUCCCGUCUACAGCGCUUUGUGAUCGCCAGCCACCACUCAUCCAAAUGAUCCUUCCAUUAUUAUUCCUUCUUGCAUCGCUUCUCCAGAAAUAUGGCUCGGAAGCUGAAUCAAGUCAUGUCACCAAAUUUCACCUUCCAAGUGUAAAGCAGCAAAACGGGGUGCAGGAUUCCGAACAGGAGAAGAUCAUAACAGUGUCCGGAGAGGGGAUGGUUCAGAGCCCAGACUUCCCACGUCGGUAUCCCAGGAACAUUGAGCUGACCUGGAGACUCGUGGCACCCAGCAACAUGAGGAUCCAGCUUACCUUUGAUGAGAGGUUUGGACUGGAGGACCCUGAAGAUGGUGUAUGCAAGUACGACUUUGUGGAGAUAGAGGAUCUGAGCGAAAAGGCCGUCCUGGGUCGCUGGUGCGGGUCACAGUCAGUUCCAACUAGUCAGACAUCCAAGGGCAGUCAGAUCAGGAUCCGCUUCAUCUCCGACGAGUACUUUCCCUCUGAGCCGGGAUUCUGCGUGCGCUUCUCCCUCCUGCCUGUGAGUGCAUCGGGUCCUGAAGUUCCCGCAGUCCUCACCCCAUCCCAGCAGGACAUUGAGAAUCUGUCAGAGACCGUGGCAACGCUGAGCACUGUGGAGGAGGUCAUGAAGUACUUGGAGCCGGAGCGAUGGCAGCUGGAUAUGGAUGAGUUGUACAAACCUACAUGGCAUGUGCUGGGGAAAUCUUUCAUUCAUACUAAAAAAGCCAGAGGAGGGGUUGAUCUCAACCUGUUGAGAGAGGAGGUUCGACUGUACAGCUGCACUCCGCGGAACUUCUCCGUGUCCUUGCGCGAGGAGCUGAAGAGGACAGACGCCAUUUUCUGGCCCAGCUGCCUCCUGGUGAAGCGCUGCGGUGGAAACUGUGCCUGCUGCUCUCAACGCUGCUACGACUGUCAGUGUGUUCCCACCAGAGUCACAAAGAAAUACCACGAGGUCCUGUUGUUGAAACAUCGAAGCGGUGGGAGAGGCCUGCAGAAGUCGAUGACUGAUGUGUCCUUGGAGCACCACGAGGAGUGCGCCUGUGUGUGUAACGAUGACUGGGACUGACCUCAGACAUGUGUAACAGCUGCCACUGGAAUCACACAGGAUGUUUACAUACUUCUGCCACUGUUGCAACAUUCUGUGUCUCGUCCUCUUCCGCUGGGAGCGAACAAGAUUUCCCCUUUUUAUCCUAUUGUCCUUUUGCUAAUUGGAUGGGGCCGAAAAAGACUGGAAUCUAAUGAAACUUCUGAAUUGAUUUGACUGCUGUGGAAUACCAAUGGAGAGCAUUUUUUUAGAGAGACAAGAAGUUUGCUGGAGCAGAUCUGGACUUUUACAUCUGUGCCCUGAAGCCUAUUUUCUUCAGCCCCGCAGAGAUAAGAGCACAGAGGUGUUUUUUGCCUCUUCUUGUUUUUGAGGUCUUUGUUUUUUGGGCAGAUAGUGUCGUGGAAAAUGGGAGCUUCUUUGUUCAAGCACUAGCUCCAGCUGCCUUAUUCCAUCUGCUUCUUUAUUAUCGCCACCAAGGCAGAGAAAGGUGCUCGUUUCCCUUUUGCUCUUUCUCUUGUUUUACAGAAAAUAAUGUGUAAUAUGUGCCUUGUGUGUAAAUAUUUGCAUGUCAUUUCUGCCUUUUCAACCAAAGAUGCUCAAGGAGAGAGAGAUAAAAGUUGCACAUGCAGAACUGGCUGGGUGUUGUUUAUGACAGCGCUCCCUUCAAAACAUUGCAGCAAUAGCUUCAGGAAUACUUAGUGUCAGUUGUUUGUAUUCAAUAUUUAUUUGUCUAUUGAAAGGGAUUUUGUUUUUGCAACAUGUUUUACUGUGUAGUCGUUUUUUUUGCAUUUUCAUUGUAAGUCCUUUUACAUUUUCAUCGUGUCAUGGAUAUUUUUCAUUUUCACUAUGCCUUUGUCUAUGCCAUUUUCUGUAAGUUAUUUAUCUCUACUUUUGCAACCGCCGUGUGUGCAUUUCAUUGUACCGACCACCAAAAAUAAAAGCUUCCAUUUUCAA